AUGGCGGUGGAAUUAACGUCCAUCAAGCUCAACCCUGAGAAUCACCUCCUCUUGGACCAACCCCUUCUCCGUGUACCGCAUGAACUUGCUCGACGAAAUUUCAAAUCAGUUCAGCGGAUUGUCGAACGGGAGAAAGAUUAUGUUCUACCAGCCCUAAAAGAAACCGCAAAUGCGUCCUUGUCCGGAAGCAAGAAUCCAACCGAGACCAUUGAAGCUUUGGAUGCGAUGAUAACACGAAUGCAAGGCCUCAAACGGAAAAUGGAGGUCCUGCAUGAGGAGGAGAAAAAGAUCGCUACGCAGUCGCAGAAGCGGAUACAGUACAUUCAGGAUCUCUACAAAAUUCCAAGUCUCGCUGACGUCAAAUACGAACAAUGGUCGAGAACACGUCUGAACAGACUUCUGGCCGAUCAUAUGCUCCGCUCUGGAUAUUUAGAAAGUGCCAAGCAGCUUGCUGAGGACAAGGGAAUUGCAGAUCUUGUCGACCUAAGCGUCUUUGCUCAGUGCCAGCGGAUUGCGCAUAGUCUUCGGCGAGGCGAGACCAAAGAGGCACUCCAAUGGUGCGGGGAAAACAAAGUUGCUUUGAAAAAGAUUCAGAACCGACUGGAGUUCGAGUUAAGGUUACAGCAGUAUAUCGAGGUGCUUCGGGUGGGAGAUAAGGCAGAGGCAAGACAACAUGCGAAGAAGUUCCUCACGCCGCAUAGCGAAACCCAAUCACACGACAUUCAAAGAGCAGCAGGUCUCUUAGCCUACCCUCCUGAUACUCGGGCUGAACCAUACAUGACUAUGUACUCCCUCGACCGCUGGAAGCAUCUUUCAGACCUCUUCAUUCGUACACACCACGACCUUCUAUCACUCUCCUCUCGCCCACUCCUCCAAAUCGCUCUUUCCGCCGGUCUUUCCGCCCUCAAAACACCAUCGUGUCACUCCGCGAUAGCUUCCUCCAGAGCCAGUCCACUUUCUUUGAGCACUUCGAUUUGUCCCAUUUGCUCGACUGAGCUGAAUGAAUUGGCACGACAUGUACCCUAUGCCCAUCACACCAAAAGUUCAGUUGAGAAUGACCCCGUUGUGCUUCCAAAUCGCAGAGUAUAUGGCAUGGAUCGCCUAUCAGAUAUGAGCAAGAAAGCGGGUGUUCCCGAAGGAAAAGUUAAAGAUCCUAUAACCGGUGAAAUUUUUGAUGUGUCUGAGGUGAAAAAGGUAUAUAUAUCAUGA